AUGCUUUGCAAAUGUGGGAAAAAUGCUACUCAUUACGAGACAAAAAAAGAAGGCCCCAAUAAAGGACGCUGGUUUUACUCUUGCCCUCUUAGAAAAUGUGGCUUUUUCCUUUGGGACAACUCUUCUUCAAACACAUCUGGAACUGCUGUUCAAACCGUAACAUCUGCUCCAAAGCCUCAGAAGCCUAUAAAUUUCGUAACAUCUGCUCCAAAGCCUCAGAAACCUAUAAAUUUUUCUUCAAUUACUACAACUUCUGAUAAAUCGUCCAAUUUGUCCGCCGAUACUUCUACGAGCGGCUCAAGGAUCCUUCCUGAUUGGGGCAAGCAAAAUGUUCAGCCAAAUAAUUCCCAGAAAGUUAAACAAUUAGUCCCUCAGCAAGAUAAAGUGGAUAUAUACUUUUGUAUUUUCGACAAAGAUAAAUUUAUUGUACGUGGUUAUCAUCAAAAACUAGUAUCAUUAUGGAAAGAAAUUCAAAAUUCUCUUUUUAACGUGUCUGAACGAGGCUGGGUGAUACCACUAUCACAGUACCAAAAUUGUAUGCAAAAAUUAAGGAAUAUCAAGGAUAUAAAAAUGAAUAUCCAUGAGUUCCCACCAUAUGUGGUCAAAUUAUUUUGUAAUAUAGAUGAUAUUGAGGCUAAACGAAAUGAAGCUGUACGUGAGAUUCAUGAAAAAAUUCCUUCUGAAUUAUGGGAUACUUUAAUGAGUUUUCAGAAAGAAGGUGUAACUCAAGCGAUAAUAAAGAAUGGUCGUAUUUUACUCGGUGAUGAGAUGGGCCUCGGAAAGACUAUUCAAGCCCUUACUAUUUGCAAGGUUUAUGAAUCAGAAUGGCCAGUUCUGAUUAUUUGCCCAUCAAGUUUAAGAUUAACUUGGUGCGGUGAAAUUCAAAAAUGGCUCGGUAUUAGGGAAAGUCAAAUUCAAGUCAUAUUUCAUCUUAAGGAUAAAAUUAAUCGCCCUGCCCCCAAAUUCUUGAUCACCAGCUACGAUUGUGCUGCGAAACUAGGUGGAGAUUUGGCUGAUAAAUUUAACAUUGUUAUAACGGAUGAGGCGCAUUAUUUGAAAAACAAGGAUACAAAAAGGUCUAGAAGUAUCUGCCCCCUAAUUCAAAACGCUACACGAGCUCUUUUACUUACGGGAACACCGGCAUUAUCAAAACCUAUUGAACUUUUUUCAUUGGCUAAUGCAUUGGAUAAAACAACUUUUUCUACAUUCACACAAUAUGGUAUAAGAUAUUGUAAUGCUUCUAGAGGCCCGUACGGAUGGGAUUAUUCUGGUUCUUCAAAUUUGGAGGAGCUCCACUGGUUAUUAGAGCGUACCAUUUUGAUUCGACGCCUGAAGGCCGAUGUAGAGUUAGAAUUACCUCCUAAAACGCGUCAAAUUGUUUACGUUGCUACUGCUAAAAGGGAAAUCCGAAAAUUGAAGAAGGAGUCUGAAGAACUUCAUGGAAUUGCACAGAGAUCAAACGGGCAAAUGAAAAAGGAUGCUGAAAUGAAAGGAAAAGCAAUGCUGGUGCAAAUGUGGGCCGAGACUGGUCGUUCGAAAGUUCCUGCGAUUCAGGAGUAUUUAUCUGAGAUAUAUGAAAAUUCCGAAAAGAAAUUUAUUGUGUUUGGACAUCAUUUGGAAGUUCUUGAUGCCAUAACUGAUUAUUUUUCAGCCAAACUUAAUGCUAAAUUUAUUCGUAUUGAUGGCAGUACUAAUCAGCAACGUCGUCAAGCUUUAUGUGAUCAAUUUCAAGAAGAUAAAAAAACACGGAUAGCUGUUCUUUCCCUUACGGCGGCUAGUACUGGUUUAACACUUCAUGCGGCCGAUUUGGUUAUAUUUGCAGAAUUAUUUUGGAACCCGUCCACUUUAUUGCAAGCCGAAGAUCGCGCACAUAGAAUUGGACGUCGAGGUAGUGUUGAUAUCAAGUAUAUGCUUGUUAAAGAUACUUCAGAUAUUAUUCAGUGGCAAUUAGUACGUUCCAAACUUCGGGUUGUGGGUAAAAUGUUAGACAAUGAUUUUGGUAAAGUCACAAUGGAUGAAGGAACUUCUUUUGGUGCUGCGGUCCCUGACAUUCUUUCCUGGUUUGAACAAGACGAAUCAAGCAAUGUCAUACUUGAUGAUAGCGAAGGAAAGAAGCCCGUCACAGAAGAAUCACAGAAUAUAAUAGAUAUUGAUAAGUCCAUUCCAGAUGAUGAUCUCUUUAAUUGGCCGUAUGACUAUGAUAAUGAUAUAUCAGUUAUAGACUUGACUGCACCAUCAUUAAAUAGUUCUCAGAUAUCACAAACACAUAGCAAUUGCAUAAACAUUGUCGAUUUAGAGUCUGAGACAACAGAGAAGCAUGAACUCUGCAAUAGCAGCAAUUCCAAUGAGAAAGAGGCCGAAUAUGAUGAAUCUAUUUGGCAGUGUUGGGAUCAGAAAGAUUACAGUACUCAUUGGUUAAAGUACACUAACUUUGGAAUUAUGCCACCAGAUUAUGUCAUAUCAGAUCCAGGAUACAUGGAAUAUAUUUCACAAUUUUCAAACCCUUCUCCUUCAAUGGCUUCUCCAUGCACCAUAUUUCCACGUAGAGAUGAUGGUAAUAAUAGCAAAGAUUCAAGUCUCACAUCUCGUUCUUCACUCAAGCGCGAAUUAGAAGAUGCUA